AUGGCCACUGCUCUUCUAUCAAAUAAUGACUUUUACAAAAACACCGAUGAUAAGUCUCUGGAAAUCUUCUCUCUUAUUUGGCUCGAUGCAAAUGAAGACGUCGAAGACACUCGAGAUACAGAAGUAGAAUUACGUUCUAUUAUUAAUCAUAUCAAAAAAUUUCAAGACAUAAAACAAUGUCAACAAUAUAUUGAACAAACAUCACAAAAAGAUCGAUUAAUAAUUAUUGUUAGCGGUCAACUAGGACAAGAAAUAGUACCCCUCAUUCAUCAACUUCGACAAGUUAUAUCAAUCUAUGUUUGUUGUAUGGAUAAUGAGAGUAAUGAACAAUGGGUUCUAGAAUUUGCCAAGAUAAAAUCUGUUGUUGUUGAUCUUGAUGAACUUGUCUCUAAAAUUACAGUAGAUCAUAACAUUCAGAAAAAGAUAGAAGAACCAUUGUCAAUUUAUACUUUCACAACAAAUGUUGAUGCAGGAAAAUCAAUAUUAACAACAGGAGUUAAUAUACAAUUUAUUUUUUCUCAAAUUCUCGUUGACUGUCUUCUACGACUGAAAUCAACUAAAAUAGACAGAAAUGAACUUGUUAAUCUUUGGGAAAAUGAAUAUGCAGGAAAUCAGACUGAACUUAACAAUCUUCAUGAAUUUCAACAAGAGUAUUCACCUGAUGAAGUGUUAAGGUGGUAUACAAAAGAAACAUUCUUUUAUAAAACUCUUAAUGCAGCUUUACGGACACAAAAUAUUCAUAUGAUAUUUUUAUUUCGAUCAUUUAUUUAUGAUAUGUAUUGUCAAUUGCAAAAAUAUCAAUCAAAACAUCCUUUGCAAGUUUAUCGAAGUCAGCUAAUGUCAAACGAUGAAUUAAAUAGUCUUAAACAAAACAUUGGCCAGUUCAUUUCUAUAAAUUCAAUGUUUUCCACUAGUAAACAACGUACAACAGCUCUCUUCUAUUUGAGUGAUCUAACUACACAGAUUGAUUCAGAACGAGUGUUAUUUGAAAUUGAUGCUGAUUUUAAAAUGGUCAGUACAAAACCGUUUGCUGAUAUUAGUGAACACAGUUAUUUUCGAGAUGAUUUAGAAGUUCUCUUUAUGGCUGGUUCUAUUUUUCGUCUGAAUAAUAUUGAUCGAAAUGAUGAUGAAAUAUGGAUCAUUAGAAUGACUUUAUGUAAUGAUCAUGAAAAUGAUUUAAGACAAGUUCUCAUGUAUAGGAAGCUACAACUGAAAAGUAAAGAAACAAAUCUUCGAACAUUAGGAAAAUUGUUAUGGGAAAUGGGUAAAUUGGACUUGGCUGAAAAGUAUUUCAAUCGUUUAUUACAAGAACUUCCAUUGAAUGAUCCAUUACAUAUCAGUUUAUAUGAAGAUCUUAGUGAAUUGGCAUCAAAGAAAGGUGACUAUUAUAUGAGUGUUCAAUGGCAUCAAAAAUUCCUCGCAAUCAAAAAUAAUUACCAAUUAACUGUUAAUCCAACUAUUAAAAAAACAAACAAUUCCAUCGAACAAGCAAUUCUUGUCAAUCAUAUUAAUAUCAACACCAAAUGGAAACAACAAGGAGUUACUAUUGCUGGAGGUAAUCGACGAGGCGAUCAAUUAAAUCAACUCAAUGGUCCUGAAGGUAUCUACGUUGAUGAUGAUUAUCAACCUAUUUAUAUUGCUGAUUUUGGGAAUGAUCGUAUUGUUGAAUGGAAAUAUGGAGCAGAUAAUGGUCAAGUUGUUGCAGGUGGGAAUGAAAAAGGAGAUCGAAGUGAUCAAUUGAAUUAUCCAACAGAUGUGAUUGUUGACAAAAAGAAUAAUUCCCUUAUUAUUUGUGAUUUUGGAAACAAACGAUUAGUACGAUGGUCUCGUCAAAAUGGUACAAAUGGACAAACAAUCGUUCCUGAUAUUGAUUGUCGAGAUCUAACAAUGGAUAACAAUGGAAGUAUUUAUGUCUCUGAUUGGAAGAAGAAUCAAGUGAGACGAUGGAAACAAGGAGAGAAAAGAGGAGCAAUAGUUGCAGGUGGAAAUGAACAAGGAAAUCAACUCAAUCAGCUUCAUCUUCCUACUCAUAUCUUCGUUGAUGAAGAUCAUUCAGUUUAUAUAUCGGAUACAAGCAAUCAUCGUGUGAUGAAAUGGAUGAAAGGUGCAAAUGAAGGUAUUGUUGUUGCUGGUGGAAAUGGUGAAGGGAAUAGUUCGAGACAAUUGUCUUAUCCUCAUGGAGUGGUUGUGGAUCAUCUGGGUGAUGUUUAUGUAGCUGACUGUGGUAAUCAUCGAAUAAUGCGUUGGUGUGAAGGAUCUUGCGAAGGUAGUAUUGUUGUUGGUGGAUAUGGACGAGGAAAACAACCAAUUCAGAUGUAUGGUCCCACAGGUUUAUCAUUUGAUGUUCAAGGUAAUCUUUAUGUUGUCGAUUAUUGGAAUGAUCGCAUACAAAAAUUUGAAAUUGAUUUGAAUUAA